AUGAACUAUGUGCUCGAUGGAAAUAGCUCUCAGCACUUGAGGAAAGUGGCUACAGUGAGAGAAAAUGUCUCUGGGAGGAAACUAGAGUUAUGGUCAAACCAAGUUGGUCUGCAGUUCUCUAGUGGUGGCAUGUUGAAUGCUACAAAGGGUAAGAAUGGAGCCAUUUAUGAUAAGUAUGGUGGCAUUGCCUUGGACACACAGGACUUCCCUGAUUCUGUGAAUCAUCCAAAUUUCCCAUCACAGAUUGUGCGUCCCGGUGAGACAUACAAGCACUACAUGAAAUCGGGCUUUGCAGAAGAAGUAAUCAUGCAUAUUAGUGGACAAAAACCAGAACAAAAAGAGUGA